GAUGACGUAUCUAUUAUUUGGCUGUCAGUAGUAGACAAGCAGAAUUUUUAACACCCUUUCGUCGGCAAAGUCACCCACAAACGACAUCUUGGCCGCUGCGUGGGUGUAUUGUUAGAGUACGUUUAAAACGCUCUCAAUAAAUACUUAUAAUACAGAGGUUGGUUGUUCAAAACUGCAUUUGCAUGCACAAUGCAAAAGCAUAACAAAAACUAUCUUCUUCGGUGGUUCUUUUGGUGGAGGUUACCUAGCAACCAGACGGCGCCUGAACACUGCCAGCCGGGCUCCAGACGCUCAGCACGACCGUGUGGGCUGCAUUAUUAACGAUGCUACGGACACUAAACCUGUCCGAGAAGCCAUAUGUCAGGAAAGGAAGACACAGGCAUGCUGCAGCUAGAUGCGAGAUGACGUCACGAUCAAGAGUAAAGCCUGUGGGACGGAUGCACUUAACACCGAUGCCGGAGUGAAGAAGAACCGGAUCAGAACUCAGAGUGAAGACGAAGCAUCCAUGGAGGGAGAUGCAGAGGAUUCAGACGAAGAAUGCCGCGUCGAGGACGGGCCCACUGUGCUUUGGGAGAAGUGCAUUCAGCAGAGCAUCUUUGUUGACCUAAGUGAGGAUGAAAGUCUCCACCUCAGUGAUUUGGAGAAUUCUUUAGCCUUCCGUGUGUCACCGACAGAGUCUGCUGCCUCCGAGCCGAGCAUUCACCUCAGUGGGAGCGCGGCGCUGUCGGCCUUGGGCGACGCCUCCUCAGCGUCCAGUAUUGUCAACAGCGGUCAAAGUGACAGUGUGGUAGAGAGCAGGACCAAGAGCAGCAUGUUGCAUGUGUCCGCCCAAAGACCAAACACCACUCAAGAUGAGACGCCCUUAAAGCAUGAGGAGUCCGGGCAACAUACGAGUGAUGAGGAUCAGGAGGACCUGCCUUUUGAUGGUGACCUAGGAAGCGCCCACUUCAACCAAACAGCCAACUCUGAGGGUGACAUGAGCGCCGAUGUCACUGGUAUGCCUGAAUGUAAGACAAGAGGUAAAGAUGACGUUGUCAAACGCUUGGUUUCUGCCGAGCGGUAUGCUGAGAGACCAGCGGCUUCGACACAAGCGGAUGCCAACACCAACCUUUUUGUUGACGCUUCCAAGCCAAGGGAGGUUUCCCGAUGGUGUCCUCGUCCUUCAGGCAUUGACCUGUUGUUACUGCGACACUUCUCCCAGGAGGAGCUGCUUCAGCCCUGCAGGCUGAUCGAGGCAGAGACCCUGCCAGAGGUGUCCCUAUUAGAGAGCGCAGAUGACAGUGUUUUUAGCAGGGCUCCAACACGCAACAGCAUAACAAUGAAUAGCCACCCGUCGGACAGCCCUCCUUGUAAUUCUGAGAUGAAUCAGCGCUCUGACAGAACUGAUGGGAAAAGUGCAUCAGAAAUAUCAAGUUUACAGGACGAGGCAAGGGAAAUCCCUGCUGUUUGCACCGCUGCUGCUGACAGCAUUAUCUCCGGCUCUGCAAGUAUCCGUUCAGAACAGUGCAGCAGGGAUGCAAGUGCCUCAUGUGAAGAGCAGCAGGAAAAGGUGGACGAACAGGCUCUGAAUUUCCCACUUGUGCGCACCAGGUCCUUCAGUGAGAUGAAGUACGGUCAAGGCCAAGUCCAUUACCGCCUACCUGACUUCUCCAAGGUUUCCCCGAAGGUGAAAAUCCCCAAAAUACCAAAUGGACCAGCCAGAUCUGUUCCUCUGAGCCCCAGGACCACGCACAGAGCCCAGUCUUCUCCAGGGGUACUAGAGGUGAUCAACAGAGUCCUGGAGGAUUCAGCCCAGCCCUCAGUGAAGCCAUAUGUCUUCAAAGACGAGGACAAACGGUCUGCUCCAGCACUGGUGCAUCACCUGCAGGCUGAAUAUGAUAAAUUACUAACUAAAUAUGCUGAGGCUGAGAACCGCAUUGAUCAAAUGAGAAUAGGAAACAACGGUGAUGAUGAUCAGGAUAACUUAGUAGAGGGAAGCCAUCUGGGACCUGUGGCUCGUCACCUUCCCCCAUCAGAAAACGUUGGCGAGAAACAGGAAACAACACCGCAGAGCAACAAUCAGGUGAUGAACUCGACACCCUGCAGCCGGCCUGAGGAGGGUCCCACUGACGGGGAACGAAUGACCACAGAGCUGAAAGACAUCAUCAGCCAGUUCACGCAGAAGGUGGAAGAAUUUAAAUUAAGUGUGAGCAUCAUGUCGGUGAGCACAGCAGAGCAGCAAGUUAUGUUGAGGAGCAUUUUGGAGGCUCAGGACCAACUGGAAAGAGAGUACAUCAGUAGAAAGGAAGAGCACAGAGCUCUGGAGAUGCAAAGCUACCUGGGCCUGUCCAGGAAAACCGGCAUCUUUGACCCAAACAGGCUGGUGGAGGGAGACAUAUUCAGGAUAGGGAUGCAACUUGAGGACAUAAAGGAGAUGAUAGAGAGAAAUGUGUGUGAGCAGAUUUCUCCUCCCCAUUCAUCCUCCACUCCCACACCCAUGAAAGAGAUGCUGCAGAUGAAGCCCUGUCCUCUCCCCAUGCCCACAUCCUCACCUCCACCAUCCCUGCACGAGGGGCCAAGUGCAGUUUUUUUCACCGUGGGUAAUAAGACGGAGGCACAAAAAGACGAUGAAAAAGAAGCGCGAGUCGAGGCCAUUGAGGUCCAUGGAGAUGAAGCUGUCCAGCAAAGCAGUGAUCUCAUAACAACUGACUCUUUCCUGGAAAGUACUGGACGCAGCUACGGCCAUUCAAGGAGCUCACCGGGCUCUCUGGAAGGGGAAGAUGAGAGGAUCUCCGUCUCGACAGAGCUGACACAUCCAAGCAGCAUCUUGGCAAACCUGAGCGGAAGCAGCUUAUCCUCAAGGGAGAGGACGCGCGGCAGUGUCCUGGACCCUCUCGGUGAAUGUCAGGCGGGUGAGUGCGUGAGUCUGGCUGUGGAGGUCUCGACUUCAGCUGAAGCACCCAGAGACUCAGGACGCCACUUCCUCUUAGAUCCUCCGCUCAACACCUCGUCUGUUUCACAGAGGAUUGUAAGUCCAGAGACCGACAGUGGCUUUGGGAGCUCCUACUUGAACCAAUCACCCUCAGGACCGUUUCAACCAAUGCUCACAGAUAGUGGACCGCCCCAGAAUGUUGGUUUGAGUAGCUCAGACAGUGAAGGCUCCUUCUCCAACCUGCGGACAGCCAUCCAUUCAGCCUCACUGUCCAGCCAGCGAUGGGCCAGUCCUCACCCGUCUGUCCAAACGCAAUCCUGUGGCGUAGCAGCAGCGGUGGAGCGGUGGGUGGAGAGCACUGCUAAGGAGCCUUCAGUCAGGCUGCAGGCCCCUGAACGCAGCCCGCCCGCCCAGAUCCAUCACCCCGUUUCUGACCCUGUGCUCAUCACAGCCAUGGACGAGAGAGGCAGCCCCCAGUACUCCUGCUCAUGUAACAGUGAACAGGUAUGUGUUUUCACGUGUGCGUUUAGUGAGGCUAUCCUAGCCUUGCAGUCGGAGGUAUCUCGGCUGAAGAAAGACCUGGAGGAGGGCUUGGUCCAGCUGCCUCAUCUAGCACACAAGAUGGACUUUCUCACCUCCAAAUACAGAGAGAACCGUCAGGAGCGCAAGUCUAAAAAGACCCACCACGGAGAAGACUACAGUGACUGUAAGCCAUCUCACAAUGUGAGCCAUCUCAGUUCCAGUCAGAUGAGGAUAGACGACUGGAUCUCCUCCGACAUGGACAAAGGUACAGACAGUAGUGACACGGCUGGCUCUGAGAUCAUGUUGGAGAUCCCCAGUUCACCCGUAGAGAACAUUAGAGGCAGCGUGGACCCUGCACCUGAGUUUCAAUACAAACAUCAUGAGGCGCUGCGGUCAAACAGGUCAGCGGGAAACGGCUCAUCGGGUCUCACCCGCUCCAUUUUAAAAGGAGGAAAGGCUUCUGACCAAAGACCAAAAACCGCCGUGGACAGUUUUUACUCCAAAGAGAGAUGGUCUCCUUUGACCUCUCCGUCUCUUCAGACUCCCCUUCUCCAGGUGGCCUACGGCUCCUCCAGCAGCCUGCCUGCAAGCUACAACGUGAAGGAGCCGUCUCUGCGGCCAACGUCCCAUCGCAGAAAGCGCUCCACCCAGUCCGACACGGCCCUCCUACCCAGCAAUGUGUACUUUCAGCGGACGCCGUCUCCGGCAUCGCUGCCCUCAAAGGCCGGCAGCGGGUCGGGCAGACGCAGAGGGACCACGGAGGUGGAAAUGAACAGGACUCUAGACCAGGCCAUAGAGGUGGCCCGCAGCAUGAAGAGGACCACAGCCCUGAUGGCCAAGAGACUGUCAGCUGACCUGGCUGAGGCUCAUUGUCACGGGAGAGUGCACAGCGUGCAGCCGCAAGGGGGCAGGAAACACCAUUACAACAAGCAGACCACAGAUCAGUUUACUCUGUAAUCAGGAUCUGCCAGUCACAGUGAUGCCGGAAUUAUUGUUUAAAAAUCUCUUUAUGUAAAUUGAUUUUGCUUUGAACCAGGCUGUUAAUAAUUAAAGUCUGAAAUCAAAUUUUUAAGUAUAGGGAUUUUUUUAAGGAAUAAUGACAUCUUAAAAAAGCAUGUUGAUGUACAGCUAUUUUGAGUAAGAAAGAAAUUCAUGCUUAAUGAAAACCCAUCAUCUCAAUUAUAUACUAAAAAUACAUUAUAUCAACUAA